CCCGGGCGCGGUCAUGUGAUUUCUUUGUAGCCAUAAAGCCGUACAGUGCAGGUCCACUCCCACACACAACUCCAGACUCCACAACAAUGGGCCGGACAGAAGCUUUUUGUAGUGUGUUGUGUUUACUGGCUGUUGUCGCCAACAAAGGGCUCUGCAGUCCUCUGGCGGGUAAAGAGGCCUGGGACUAUGUGGAUGUCAGGGACGGGGCCCACAUGUUCUGGUGGCUGUAUUAUGCUGACAGCCAGACUGCUCAGUACACCGACCUGCCUCUGAUCAUGUGGCUGCAGGGGGGACCAGGAGGAUCAGGAAGUGGCUUUGGGAAUUUUGAGGAGAUUGGACCGUUGGACAAGGACCUCAAGCCCAGAAAGACAAGCUGGGUGCAGGCAGCCAGUGUGCUGUUCGUAGACAACCCUGUGGGCACCGGCUUCAGCUACACUGACCGGCCGGACAGCUACGCCACCAACGUGGCCACAGUGGCCUCAGACAUGCUGGUGCUGCUCCAAGACUUCUUCAACAAGGCGCCAGAGUUCCAGAGCGUCCCCUUCUACAUCUUCUCUGAGUCGUAUGGAGGGAAGAUGGCAGCUGCGAUCUCUUUGGAGCUCCACAAGGCCAUAGGACAAGGGAAAGUGAAAUGUAACUUUGCUGGUGUGGCACUUGGGGACUCUUGGAUUUCCCCGCUGGACUCUGUGAUGACCUGGGGGCCGUACCUCUACACUACUUCGCUGUUGGACGACCAUGGCCUGGCGGACGUUAGCAGUGCAGCCGAGGAUGUGAAGAAAGCUGUGGAGCAGGAGCAGUUCGCCAAGGCCACAGAGCUGUGGUCGGUAGCUGAGACGGUGGUGGAGCAGAACACCAAUGGAGUGAACUUCUACAACAUCCUGACCCAGGACCCAGAUGAGAGACGCACAUCUGCAGCGGGAGGAGACUUCAUCUCUCUUCUGACACGUCGUCAUAUUCGACCGCUCCACAGCCAAUCACUUGGCGAGCUCAUGAAUGGACCAAUCAGGAAGAAACUGGGCAUCAUCCCCCAGAAUGUCACCUGGGGAGGCCAGGCAGAGUACGUGUUUAGCUACAUGGCGGGAGACUUCAUGAGGCCUGUGGUGGAUGUAGUCGACCAGCUGCUGGAUGCUGGAGUCAAUGUCACCAUCUACAACGGACAGCUGGACCUCAUAGUGGACACCAUGGGUCAGGAGCUGUGGGUGAAGAGGCUGAAGUGGGAGGGGCUGUCUGGGUUUAACGACCUGAGGUGGACCCCCCUGGAUGACCCUGUUUCCCCAGGUGUUACUGGAGCUUUCUGCAAGACCUAUAAGAACUUUGCCUUCUAUUGGAUCCUUAAAGCCGGUCACAUGAUUCCCUCAGACCAGGGACCGAUGGCGUUGCAGAUGAUGAAGAUGAUCACAGACCAGAAUUGAUCCACUAACUCUGAUGCCAGCUGGAAUGGCUCUGACAAUCAAUUACAAUAAUGAUGUGAUUUUUUUUUUUGUAUGUAUUCCACUUACUUAAUAAACCAAAUGAAGAAUCUCAGUACUCUGAUUACAGCAAUGACCUGUGUAAAUUUCAGCCAUGGCAACAAUAAAGACACUUUUCUGUUUUGUAAAA